AUGCCCCGAGGACCAGCAGCAGCAGCAGCAGCAGCAAGCAAGCAAGCAAGCAAGCAAGCAAGCAGGCGGAUGCAGCACGACCUCAAGCAGAGAACAAGCAAGCAAGAGGAGGACAGGAAGAAGAAAAGGGACGAAGAACGAGGCAGAAGCGAGGGGGGAAGCCAACAUGAAACCCGUCGUGAGCCAGGGCGAGGGAGGGACCAGCCGUCGGGAGAAGGGCCUUGCGAGCCCGCCUGUGAGAGGGUCGGCUGUCACCAGGGGAGCAUUUUAGGAAGUAUUAUCAUCUUCCUGAGUAUCAUCACCUCGAGCACUUUCGCAUUACUCUGGACUAUCAUAUCUGUUAGCAGUGUCCUUUGUACUGUAGAAAGCCUGCAGCCCAGCGUCUUUUGCGUUAGGCUAGGCCGAGUGUACUUGACUCCAUCCAGAGUAGUAACAGCACCAACAGAGGAAACAAGACGACGACGACUACGACUACGACGACACAGAAGAAAAGAAAAGAAAAGAAGAGGAAAAAAAAAAAAAAAAAAAAGGAAAGAAAGAAAGCGAACGCAAGAGGAAGAGCGGCAGUUGGCGGGCGACUCCGCUAGUCGCGGCACCGUAGCAGGGUCCCAGGGCGGCCGCAGCCAGUCAGAGUCACAAACGAGGCACAGCGAGACAGGCAAGCCUGCGGUGGCCCACCCACUGGGUGGCUCCCAUGGACAGAACGCAGAAGCAGAAGCAGAAGCAGAGAGAAGUCGAGGAUAUCCUCAAGAGAGUGAAAGAGAACGCCCACUGCCCGAGUUAGCGUCCUCCCAGCAGCACCAGCCCAGCCCAGCCCAGCCCAGCACCGAGGCAGGCCAACCCAGCAGGCGAGCGAAGGGGAGAGACGCAGCGAAAGGGGGGAGAGGGAGGGGGGAGACCCAGCGGGGGGCCCGCCGGGAUGCCCCGGGAGCGCCGGCCAGCCAACGAGCGGCGAGCAGCGCGCAGGCGGCCUGUCGAGCUAGCCGGCCUGGCAGCGCCCAAACUCCUGGGCUCCCCUGGGCUCCCUGGGCGCUGCUGGGCUGCUGGCUGCUGGCUGCUGCAGCCGGCCCAGCGAAACGCGGCGAUGCUACUGGUGCUGAUGCUGGUGCUGAUGCUGGUGCUGAUGCUGGUGCUGAUGCUGGUGCUGACGCUGGCUUGCAUGCCCCUCCCCUGGCCACCCACCAACCAACUCGCACCCGCACGGGACGAGCACGACGAGGACGACGAGGCGCCGUCUCUUCCCCCCUUCGCCUUUCGCUCUCUUCCCUUCUCGCUCUUCUUCCCUUUCUUCCCUCCCUCUCCUUCCUCGCCGCCCUCUUCUCUUCUCCCUCGCGUCUAAACCCUCGCCUCGCUCGCCUACUUCUCGCCGCUCCAGCUCCCGCCCUCCCGUCGCUGCCAGCUCUCCCUCCCGCCUCACCUAUCUCUAGCUUCUCUAUCUUCUCUGUUUACACAGAGUACUCGCAUCUACAUGGAGUAAGCCUUCGUGGCCUGCUUCUACUUUUGCCUUGCCGCUCGACUGCCGCCUGGCCCUUUUUUUUUUUUUUUUUUUUUUUUUUUUCCCUCUCUCCUUUGGUUCUCUGCUGUCGCAUUGUUCGCCCACACCCACCCAAACGAGUCGCAUCAACCAGCAGAGGGAACCACGAAGCAGACCAUCGUAUUGUCCUCUUCCUUUCAUCGCUAGGACUGCUCGACUCCCUCUGCGUCGUCGACUUCAUGUCCGUCGUCGCACCUGCGCCGCUGCCCAGCGGCAGCCGGGACAUCGCGGCUGAGACCAGCCCGGAACAGAGUCCCUCCAGCUUCACCGCGGUUAACGGCAGAGAUCGCUCGGCCUCGCUCAUGAACGGACAGCAGGCCGACAUGCGUCCGUCGCCCUCUCGCGACGACAGCAGCAACAGCAGCAACAGUGCCGGCGCAGCCAACAGCAACGGCACCGUCGGUGGACACAGCGGCGGGAACAACGGCGGCACUGCCAGCGCUGCCGCCAGCAACGGCGCCAACUUGCCUCUCUCGGAUAAGCCAGCAAGCGCGGACGGGUCUCGUGACUCGCCCGUCGACCGCGAAGACGCUGCUUCAGCCCAGGACAACAACGGCAGCACCACCACUCCCACCGCCAACACUGCCGCCGCCGCCAACAACAACAACAACACAAACAGUGCUUCUGCUUCUUCUUCUUCUUCUUCUUCUGCUGCUGCUGCUGCUGCCAAUAACAACAGUACCGGCACUGCCGCUUCGUCAAACAAGCGCAAGCGAUCCAGCAUCGACAGUCACAACGCCGACCUCGUACGGAGCCCCGGUCCGUUGACUGCUGACCAUCCUCACUCACAACCACCGCCCGCUGCUGCAAAUGGCAAUUCAGAACACCCUCACCAUCACCAGCAGCAGCAGCAGCAACAACAACAGCAGCAGCAGCAACCAUAUACCAGCGUUGAACGCCCAGACGACGCCCGGCCAGGCACCGGCAAUGUCGCCUGGGACUACGAGAUGAGUAGCUCGCAACGACACCCCAAGCCGCAGCAGCAUAUGGACGCUUCCGAUGCUCAGCUGGCCGAGGCUCUGCAGCGCGAGGUCCAGAGCGAGACUCCUUCUGAAAAUGCCUCCACCAUGGAGAUGCAGGGUGGCGGUGGUUCGUCGGCUCACAACAUGCAGAGCCAGUCUCCCAGUGCCUCCCAAGUUGCGCCGAAGCGGAAGAGAGUCUUCAGCAACCGCACCAAGACCGGCUGCAUGACUUGCCGGCGAAGAAAGAAAAAGUGCGACGAGCAGCAUCCCUCUUGCAACAAUUGUAUUCGCGGUGGGUUCCCCUGUGAAGGGUACUCGGUCCGCAGCACCUGGCAGAAGCCGUCCCAGACCAAAGGCCCCAUCCCACUUCAGUCCAAGGACCGCUAUCCUGAACCGCCCAACAUGUACAUGCAGGAUAUGAGCCCCCAGCGGCAUGAUUCCAGAAUGGGCGGUCCCAUGCUCCCCGACGGAAGCAAGGCCAGACCGGUCUCGGUUGAAGAGAGCGAGCGAGCUCAGGCUUACAUGACCAGCCCCAACAGUUCUGUCGCUCGCGUGGCAUGGCAAAAGGGCUCGUGGCAGGCCGCCAACCAUCAUAUGAUGCAGGAUUCCGCCCCGAAGAUGGAAUACAGAGAUGGGCCCGUCAUGCCCGACAUGUCGCGUCCGGAACCUCCAAAGGCAGACUACCACCACUCACACGCCAACGCCGCCAGUGGCAGCAACAACAACAACAAUAACAACAGCCCCGCCAACAACGGCUCCGGCAACAACGCGCACCAAAAACCCGGUCUUCCAGUCUUCCAAUCCAACAUGGAGCCGCGUCCAAACCACGCUCCUCCAAGAGUCGACCCGGGUAACUACCCCACCCAGGCUCGUCUUGCGCUCAGCAGCAUGGAACCCCAUGUACCCUUUGAGGGUCCUACUGAGAAAUCAGAAAAGGAAAAGAUGCUCAGCGGUGAACAGUACCGACCAUUCGACCCCGAACUCGUCCGCGAUCGUGAACAAUGCAAGUCCGCGCUCUGGCGAUUCACCAAUGCGGGUAACCCGCUCUACGGCAUCAGCUCCGCAGAAAAGACACGUCUGCUCACUCAGAUCCUCCAGCCGCCUCCCAUUGAACCAUCUCCAGACGCCCCCCCACCGUCAACCAGUACUCCCACCGGCUCCCUCGGCCCUGGCGCCGUGCUCGAGUCCCCUUUCAACUGCCACUACGGUUACAACAUCAACAUUGGCGAGGACGUGCUCAUCUCCGAAAACUGCUUCUUCGCCGACGACUGCUCCAUCAACAUCGGCGCCCACACCUGGAUCGGCCCCAACGUCACCAUCCUCAGCUCAAUGGCUAUUGGCAGCAUGCAGGAACGCAAGGGCUCCCAGUCAAGGUACCAGGGGCGCCCCGUCGUCAUUGCUGAAGACUGCUGGAUUGGUGCCGGAUGCACUAUCCUUCCUGGCGUCACGCUCGGACGUGGCGCCUACAUUGCCCCUGGCGAGGUGGUCCGUUCGCAGAUUCUGCCCUACGGCUUCCAGGGGUUGAAGCCAAACUACCCUUAA